AAUUUGUCCAAUUUCAUUUGCCUUCGUCAGUUUGAUGAGAUAUAACGCCUGAAAAGUGCGGACUUUUCUUUCUCGUCUCGCACAUCCCCUUACAAGCAGCGGAGCAAUUCUCCGAAUUAGGUUUCCAAUCAUGAAAUUGCGCCCACCUCUCUCGACCCAUUUGCUUCGAUCCUGAAAGUUCCCUCCCUUCCCCUCGAAUCCAAUGGGAAAAGGCGUCUCCUUUACGCUGGCACCCGAGUUCCUAGCCUUCCCUCACCAGAUUCUGAGGGACCGACCAGCUCAAGCCCGGCCCAGCAGCCAGCGCUUCUCCGUCCGGUCUCAUUUCGGGGAAACGUUCCCUGCUUCGUUCAGCAAAUGGAGGACCAUCGAAACCCAUCAUUGUGAUAAUCAUAGUGGCAAUAAUGGAAUUGGUAAUGGGCAUAGUAUACAGCAUCCAGCUGUUUCAAAGGGCGAUGUUUCAAGCAGAAUGCCCCAGCUCUCUUUUAACCGAUUGCAACUGAGCGACGAAGAAUGUAGCGGGUUGCUGAAGCGGAGCUUUGGGCGGUUCGUUGCUCGCGAAGCUGUUUUGGAUGAAGAAUAUUGGACAGCUGCAUGGUUACGAGCCGAAGCUCAUUGGGAGUCUUUGUCCUAUAUGAGGCACAUUGACAAUUAUAAGAGGACAUACGCUGAGCAGGAGUUUUAUUCUUUGAAGAGGAGAUGCCUCGGGCAGGAUGGAAAUUCGUUGAAGUGCUUUUGUUUUGUCACAGUUAAGAAGGAAGACAAAAAUGUGAGAAGAACCGUGCUAAGUAGUGUCGUAGGAACUUUGGACCUUAGUAUUAGACAGUAUAUGCAAGGGGAAACAUAUCCAGGGGAGCUGAAAAGAUGUUCUACAGUCUUUGCAAAUCAGGAGCCCUUUGAUGCACAUAAGUAUGCUUAUAUUGCAAAUGUUUGUGUAUCCAAGUUUGCUCGGUGCCAGGGUAUUGCAUCUAAUAUGAUUUGUUUAGCCACAGAUAUUGCAAACUUGGCCGGUUUGAAGCAGUUAUACGUUCAUGUUAAUGCAGAUAAUGUGGCUGCUCAGAAAUUGUACAAAAAAACUGGCUUCAAGAUCGUUGAAGCCGCUUCAUCUCCUACAUCGAAAGAUCAGAGACUUUUGAUGUCACUUGAACUGUAAUGCGAGUGGCACUGGUUCAUAUAUACACGAGAUCAGUAAAAAAGAUGUGUUUGUAUAGUACAUUAGGCUUUGUGCAACAGGGGUAUCGAAUGCGUUUCCUGUUCUCUAUUUGUGUUUUAAGGAUAUAUCUGGGUCAGGGGGUUUUUAGCAGCCUUGCUCUAGUAAUUGCUGGUUAAGAUUUGUUCUGAUGUAAAUAGAACAACAGUGAUUUGUAUGUAAAUUGGUUGCCUUCAGUAUCAAUGAUGUUUCCUGAUUUUGAA